UACAAUUGCCAACGGUAACAGUUCCAGAAAUAAACGAAAACAUCACAGAGAAUGGCUUGUUUUCGUUGAGUGAAGAUGAUAAAAAAAUCGUGGGGUUCGGUGAAAUGUUGCAUAUUCUUAAUACUGAUUUGCAGAGCUUCUGGUGACCACGUAAUAGGUGGAAUUUUCGACGAAGAUCAUGAAGAAAAUAAGAAGGCCUUCGAGAUUGCCAUCGAAUUGGUUAAUCUUCAAAGGAAUGAUGAUCAGCAACUCAAGCCCGUUAUAGAGAUCUUGGAACCAUACAACAUGUUCCAAGCUUCUUCAAAGGCAUGCCAACUUCUCGAAUUCGGAGCAAUAACAAUUUUCGGACCAUAUAAUCCAGAUAAUUUUGAGGCAAUACAGUCUGUUUGUGACGCCAAAGAGGUACCUGUCAUACAGACCAGGUGGAAUCAUCGGCCACAAAGAGAUUCAUCCAUAAUGAAUUUUCACCCUCACCCUACACAGCUCUCAAUGGCCUACGUAGAGAUCAUAAAGAAAUUUGAUUGGAAACAAUUCAUUCUCUUCUACGAUGAUGAUGAAAGUUUUUUGAGGCUCUUGGAUCUGAUGAAAUUGAGCCAUGAUAACUCCUAUUUGAUAGUAACUAGACAACUAGAUCCUGAUGAUACUGGUGUCUAUAGGGAUCAGUUCAGAGAAAUAGCGGAUUCUCCUGUCAAUAACAUCGUUAUAGACUGCAGAUUAGAGGUACUGCAAGAAGUUUUGAGACAGGCGCAACAGUUGGGUUUGAUGAAUAGGAAUUAUAAUUAUUUCAUCACCAACUUGGAUUUUCAUACCAUAGACCUGGAGCCAUUUCAAUAUAGCAACACUAAUAUUACUGGGGUCAAACUAUUGAGAUCGGAUUUGAAAAUGACUGAAGACUUCACGAAAGAAAUGUGCAAGUCUGAAGAAUCAGGAAAUGAAGCCCAUACAAAGGACUGUUCCCUAAAGACCAGCUCUGCGCUGAUUGCAGAUGCAAUGUUUAUGCUCAGUGACGCUAUGAGCAAUUUGGAAGAAGGUACAAAUCCAGCAAACGAAGGUCACUCAUGCAAUGAUACCAAUGCCUGGGAAUAUGGAUCUAGUUUGGUGAACAUAAUACGAACGAUCAGGAUAGAAGGUCGGACCGGUAUGGUCAAAUUUGACAAUGAGGGAUUCAGAAGUGAUUUCACACUCAUCCUCACUGAAGUCCAAGAAAGAGGUCUGGUUGAUAUCGGUUAUUGGAACAUGAGUGAGGGUGUGCAGAUUCAAAGGCCGCUACCUUAUCCACAGAGUUGGGAAGAUGAUGACGAAGAAGAAGAUCCAACAAGUCUCGUUAACAAGACUCUAAUUGUUAUUACUGCUUUGACGGAACCAUAUACUUUUCUAAAAGACUCCUCAGAGAAACUCAUCGGUAACGAUAGAUACGAAGGUUUCGGAGUAGAUUUGAUCGACGAAAUGGCGAAGUUGGAAAAAUUCAAUUAUAUUAUCAUUCUACGAGAAGAUAAGAGCAAUGGUGCCAAGAAUAGUCGUGGCCAGUGGUCUGGAAUGAUUGGAGAUUUGAUCAACAAAACAGCUGAUUUGGCUAUAGCUGAUUUAACUAUCAAUUCUGAGAGGGCUGAGGCGGUUGACUUCACCACGCCAUUCAUGGAACUGGGUAUCAAAAUUCUGUUCCAGAAGCCAACCGCUGCACCACCUAACUUUUUUUCAUUCGCCGAACCAUUUGCCAUCGACACCUGGAUAAGUAUUGGCAUUUCUUACGUGUUCGUUUCAUUGUCAUUGUUCAUCAUGGGCAGGUUAUCAGCAAGCGAAUGGACCAAUCCGUUUCCAUGCAUUGAGGAGCCUGAGUAUCUGAUAAAUCAAUUCAGCUUGUCCAAUUCCUUCUGGUUUUCAACCGGUACAGGUUUGCAACAAGGAACGGAAAUUGCACCCAUAGCCGUUUCAACAAGAAUGGUAGCGGGUAUGUGGUGGUUUUUCAUUCUGCUGAUGGUUGCCUCUUACACCGCCAACUUAGCCGCUUUCCUUGCUACCACACUACCCCUCAAGCUCUUCACUGACGUUGAAUCGUUGGUGAAGAACGCGGCUGAAUUGGAAAUUCGUUAUGGAGCUAAGGCAAACGGGGCCACUGAGAAGUUCUUCAAAGACUCCAAAGACCAUGAGAUUUAUGGACAAGUCUACAGGCACAUGCAAGAGCACAAGGAAGAUAUGCCCUCUGACAAUAAUCUAGGCGUUCUAUUGGCUGAAAAAGAAAAAUACGCCUUCUUCAUGGAGUCUACAUCAAUUGAGUACGCAACUGAGCGCCAUUGCGGGUUAGAAAUGUACGGAGAUUAUUUAGAUAGAAAAGGUUAUGGGAUCGCAAUGAGAAAAAAUUCAACCUAUCGAAGUCGAUUAUCAACGACUAUUUUAAGACUACAAUCGGCAGGUAUCAUUGACGACUUGAAAAGAAGAUGGUGGCAGGAGAGAAGAGGGGGUGGUCAGUGCGUCACAAAUGAAGACGAUGGGGACGCCAAACCAUUGGGCAUGAGCAACUUGGAGGGAGUCUUCUUCGUAACUGUUUAUGGCCUGAUAGUAGGUUACGCAUUCGCCGUUUUGGAGAGGUUGGCCUACGUUAUAAGUAUAAGCAGAAAAACGAAGAUGCCUUUCCUCAAAGCACUGAUCUACGAAAUGAAGUUUUACGCCAACUUCGAAAGUAAUGUAAAGCCUGUACUAGGUAGUAACGCAAACCUGGCAGAGGGAGAAGAUCAAGAAACGGAGUUGGCGCCCGCCAAACCUUACGGAUUUAUAAACAAUUCAAACGAAAAAUUGGAUUUGUAAUAAACCGUUGUUUUUGUUUCAAUAUAUAAUAGUUCUUGUGUUGACAAUCUCUAAACUCUUGUUUAUCAAAUACAUGUACUAUAUAUACUAUACUCUAAAUAUUCAAUAAUGGAGCAAAUAAAAGGCUUUCAAUCAGAAACAGAUAAACGUCACCUGUUACUUAUUCUGUCAGAUAAAUAUACAGGCUGCAAAAAUUUUAUCAUACUCUGAUUGUAUGAACAUUUCCACAUUUUA